GAACACUUAACAUAUCUUAACUUAUGUGAAACAGGGAUUAAAGAAUUACCAAAGUCGAUUGAAAACCUAGUUUCCCUCCAACAAUUCAAUAUGAUAUUAUGCAAAAAUUCUGGAUUUCGUCCCAACAGCCGGUGUAACUUAAGAAAGCUUUUGUUGGUAAGCCUCGAGUGGUGUCCUAAACUUCAAAAAUUGCCUCCUCUUCCACCUGCUUUGAUUGCAUUGUGCUCAAACAAUUAUGAGAGCCAGAAAUCGUUACCAGAGCUUCCAUCACUAUGUUAUAGGCUGUAUGCAAGGUUCUUCACCUCUCCAGAGAACUUAUCAAAUUGGAGAUCUCCACUGUUGCACAAUGUUAAUAUCUAUAAUAUUGGAGAACAAGUAAACUUUCAUGGUUGUGAAAAAUUGGAUCAGAAUACAAGCAACAGCAUACGCGAUCAUGCAAUAACUCAAAUUCUAUUUCGUUUGAAAUUUGAAGGAAUGGACAUUAAUUUCCCAUUGGAGAUAGACAGCACAACAUGUGAAUUUCGAUAUCCAGGAGAUGAAAUUCCAAAGUGGUUCUGCUACCAAAGUUGUGGCACUUCCAUCAAUAUCAGGCUUCCUCCAUAUUGGAAUAAUGACAAUUUCUUGGGUUUGGCAUUCUGUAUUGUUCUUGAUCUGAAUAAUAUUAACCCUGGUAUAACUAUUUUCAUUGGUAGUAAACUCAAUUUCAAAACCAUCGAUGAUGAUCGUCUAUGCCAACAAUAUCGUUAUACGAAUCUUAUGGAUUACGAGCAUAGUUCAGAUCAGGUGAUCAUGUGGUAUGUCAAAGAACUGAAUUUGCAAAAUUCAAGAUUAAGUUGGCCCUCUACUUGUAGCACAGAGGCCUCUUUACAUGUAUGGCUUGAAUAUUUUGCCAAUGGCGGUGCCAUUGGAAGUCGUAGUGAGAUUAAGAAGUUUGGGGUUCGGUUUGUAUACAAUAAAGAUAUAGAGAGAUUUGAUCGAGAAACUAAAAGUGAGAAUAAGAGACGCUUUGAUGAAUGUUGCGAAGCAAGUAGUGGAAAUGAAGCUUUUGGCUUUCAUGAUGAAGAAGACCAUGAUGAAUCACAUUCUAAGAAAGUCAAGGUUAUGUGACUGUUAGAAGAUCAUGCAGAGCAACUGGGCAUUGAGGAGCCAAAGAAAAACAGAACAGUCAUGUGCUGUAAUUAAGAGACAAUUUGGUGAUGACUAUGAAACCAAUCAAUGUGAAAUUGUUGGCUCUGACAUACGACAAAGAUGAAAAUCCUUUGAUCAUUCAAAGAAGUAGUACCAUUGACUUAAUACAUGGACACCUUUGCAACAUGCAACUUGACACUUGGGAGCCUUUUAAUUUUCUUGGUAAACGAUGGUGUUGGCCUCUAUAAGUAUUGACUCAUUUCAUUUUGAUUGAUUUUGUUAUUGAUUUUGAAAUUGCUCAAUCUGGAUUGUAUCAUUAUUAUUAUUAUUAUUUUCACUUUUUGAGGGGCAA